AUGGCGAUUGGCACCACCCCAAAGUCGGUCAUCGUUACUGGCGGCGCCAGCGGCAUCGGCCUCACCAUAGUACGCCACUUUGCCUCGCAAGGCGGCAAGGUCGCCAUCUUCGAUGUCAACGCAGCUUCUGGCAAGUCCAUUGCGUCUGACGUUGCUUCAGAGUAUCCUCAAUCUACGGUGACCUUCCACCAAUGCGAUGUUUCUUCGUGGAACGAACAGGCUCAGGCAUUCUCGAAUGUCUACGAUGCAUUUGGCAGGAUAGAUAUUGUCUUUGCAAAUGCUGGUAUAGCCGAAGGGAUGUCGAACGCCCUUGCAACUAUCCACCCCGAUGCUCCCCAAGAGCCGAACCUAAAGGUUGUAGCCGUGGAUUUGAAUGGUGUCAUCUAUUCUGUUAAGCUUGCCAUUCACUACAUCAACAAGAACGAAAUAUCCGGAGGCUCUCGUGGCUCCAUCAUCUGCACUGCGUCAGAUGCCGCUCUUUAUCCGUUCCCAGUCGGACCGAUGUACGCAGCUGCAAAGGCUGGCGUGAUUGGUCUCGUACGGUCGACAGCUCCCAUACUUGAAGAUCUCAAGAUUCAAAUCAAUACGAUGGCACCAGCGGCUUUAGAAACGUACAAACACAUGGUAGUUACGCCAAUGUCUACCCUGAUCAAGGGCGUAUCACAGAUUACAGGUGAUACAAGUCUCAACGGCAAAGUCAUAGAGAUUCACGACGCAGAACCGACCAUACGCGAUGAGCCUUAUCAAUUCGUGUCUGAUGGAACUCGACACAACCAAGAGAAAGCGUGGGAGAUGUUCAAAUUCUUCAAGGCUUCGACGGGAGGUCUUCAUGCUCCUUAG